AUGGGCAGAUCGCGACGAGCUGGACGUUUAGUCCAGUUCCGCCGGUUAGUGAGAGCAUACGCUACCCCUGAGGUCUUUGACCCCAGGAUUUUCGACAGGCCAACAGAGCCUAGUAAACCCGCGCUCCCGCUUCAUCCUCCUUCUCCAGCGAAACCUCCGCUAGCCCCUGGCCACCCACACCUCCCGCCACAGUACAGGCCGCCAGAUCCUUGCCCGCCCAGGACGUGGGCUCCGCGCCCUCCCGUUACCCCAGCGCCUAGGCCUCCAAAGGCCAGCCUGGGCAGUGCGCCCCCGGCACCACCGGCGGACGCGACGAAGAGGCCACCACAGGAACCAAGGGCCCUGCAACCGCACCUGGCCCCUCGCCGGACUCGGCCUUGCGUCGUGAAGAUUGAGGCCCUCCCCCAGAAGGUCCGGAUAGUCCAUCGGCCCAGGACUCAGCUUCGAGCCACCAAGGACAUGCCCUCACUGGGCUAA